UGAGCACGUCGCACUCCCAUUGGAGCAAGCGUGAAGGUAGCAGCUACUUCAUUACUAUUUAGUACCAUCGCAAUUCAUUUAUCCAUCAGAAACGAAGCUGAGCUUCCGAUAUGGGCUUGGCACUGAGGCAGCGCUCAGUUACGAUGCUUAACUUGGCCAUUCUGUCAAUGGUAUUGCAACAAGUUGUUGCAGUUGCCGUGCAAGGAGGCCACUUCGACGACAAUCCCGACACCAUAAACCCUGACCAUAUGGAGUAUGCGUUCGAUGCGGAAUUUGAAAACAAUAAUCGCUUGGGUCCGAUGCUGAAUUCUGAGGAGCUGAGAACGGCAGAGCGGCAAUGGAACCGACAAAUGGACGAGGUACCUGAGGACUUCAAUAUUGGCAAUGCAAAACGGUCACAUUCUUCCCGCAUCUAUAUGUACCGCAGAGGCUGCAUUCAUCGAGGUGGCGCCUGCGACAAUCGCCCAAAUGACUGCUGCUUUAAUAGCUCCUGUCGAUGCAAUUUGUGGGGCAGCAAUUGCCGUUGUCAGCGCAUGGGUCUCUUCCAGAAGUGGGGCUAAGUCCAAUUAGCCAGAUAGCGAGCCAGUCGGAUCGGAAUAGAUGGCGAAUCAGCGGUGUUAAUGGUUACUUGAAUUAUAUAUAUAUAUUUACGAAAACAAAAAUGGAACGAAAUAUGCAUAGAUAGAGGUACAUAAAAACUAAAUAUCAAAUUCAUUCCUUAAGCCAUACAUAUGUAUGUAGGUGUGUGCGUGUGUGUGUGUACGCAUGUCAAUUAAAUAAAUGUUCUCGCAUUAAAAAUGA